AUGUCAGUUGAUUUGCAGGAUGCUAUUCCGGAUAUUGUGAUUGGUUCCAUCGAGGAGCCGGUCGAGGAGGAAUUCGGCUACGACCAAGAGGGCGAAGAGAGUGGAGACGAGCAGCUACCAAAGGCCAAGAAGUCGGUGACUUUCGCUGAUUUGAGCGACAAAGAGGACGAGGAGGACGAGGAAGAGCUGAGGAGACAAGAGUUCAUUGAAGGAGGCGGAUUACCAGAACAGCCCGACAACCCAGACUUUUCGCAGCUGACACCCAUAUCGCCAGAGAUCAUCAACAGACAAGCCACCAUAAACAUCGGUACGAUCGGCCAUGUUGCCCAUGGAAAAUCGACGGUGGUGAGAGCAAUUUCUGGUGUUCAAACUGUCCGUUUCAAGGACGAGUUGGAGCGUAAUAUUACCAUCAAACUGGGUUAUGCCAACGCCAAAAUAUACAAGUGUGACAACGAAGAGUGUCCUGAGCCAGACUGCUACCGCUCGUUCAAGUCAGACAAGGAGAUUUCUCCAAAGUGCCAGCGUCCCGGUUGUAGUGGCCGCUACAAGCUUAUCCGCCACGUUUCUUUCGUGGACUGUCCUGGUCACGAUAUUCUCAUGAGCACCAUGUUGUCUGGAGCUGCCGUGAUGGACGCGGCUCUAUUGCUGAUUGCCGGUAAUGAGUCUUGCCCACAGCCACAGACAUCCGAGCAUCUUGCAGCCAUUGAGAUCAUGAAACUGAGACAUGUGAUCAUCUUGCAGAACAAGGUGGAUUUGAUGAGAGAAGAAUCGGCCUUGGACCACGAGAAGUCCAUUCUGAGGUUUAUCCGUGGAACCAUUGCCGAUGGUGCUCCAAUCAUCCCUAUUUCCGCUCAGCUCAAAUAUAACAUAGAUGCGGUGAACCAGGCCAUGGUGAGUACCAUUCCUGUCCCAGUGAGAGACUUUUCCGCUUCUCCCCAGUUGAUUGUCAUCCGUUCUUUCGAUGUCAACAAACCAGGUGCGGAGAUUGAGGAGUUGAAGGGUGGUGUUGCUGGUGGUUCUAUCUUGACCGGUGUGUUCAAGAUUGGCGAUGAAAUCGAGAUUCGUCCUGGUAUCGUCACCAAGGACGACAACGGACGCAUCCAGUGCAAGCCUAUCUUCUCCCACAUCGUGUCUUUGUUCGCCGAGCACAACGACUUGAAGUUUGCCGUUCCAGGUGGUUUGAUUGGUGUUGGUACCAAGAUCGACCCAACGCUGUGUCGUGCUGAUAGACUGGUGGGCCAGGUGGUUGGUGCCAAGGGUCAUCUGCCAUCUGUCUACACGGAUAUCGAAAUCAACUACUUUUUGUUGCGUCGUUUGCUCGGUGUUAAGACCGAUAAGCAGGCCAAGGUCCGCAAGCUGGCAGUUGAUGACGUUCUCAUGGUGAACAUCGGAUCCACCGCAACCGGUGCCCGUGUCGUAGCCGUGAAGGCCGAUAUGGCCAGGUUAGCAUUGACGUCUCCAGCAUGUACAGAAGUGAACGAGAAGAUUGCCCUGUCGAGACGUAUAGACAAGCAUUUCCGUUUGAUUGGCUGGGCUACUAUCAAGAAGGGUACCACUGUUGAACCGGUAGUUUAA